AUGAAAACCCGACAUGUGCCUGCCGAUGACGCGCCUCAAAUGGCAGCUCCAACGCAGCUGAUGGAUUGUCACGGCGCGAGGUUACCAAUGGCGGCUUGGACCUACCAGGAUGAGGUCCUUCCUCUUCGUCGCCCACUUCUGACCCAUUCUCAGCACCGCUAUUUACCAAAGAAGUCAGACGUUCCGCAGUUCUCCUACCUCUCUUCUUCAACGUCGUCGUACGCGAUGCCUGGAACUACGAACGUCUCCAAAGAGAUCCUCCUGCGGAUUCUCUAUCAUGCCGUCACCGACACAUCCCCGCCCGCAGCUUUUCCUCCCACCACACGAAACUCCAUCGGCCUUGUAUGCAAGUACUGGCGCAGAACCCUCAUCAACGCACCAUCCCUGUGGCAGUUUAUCACCUUAUGUCCCACCAACGACCAGCACCGCGAACGCCGUCUCGCCGUCGCCUACACCUGGCUUCGACGAGGUCACGGUGCUCCUCUCUACCUCGACCUAUGCUCUGGGAUGCCGGAACACCUCCCUCCUCGGAUCGAGGAUCUUUUAUAUGGGGGUGGUGCGUUCAGCCUCCUCGAGAAGAUCAUUCAGCCGUUCGCGUUCCGGAUCGUCUCGCUCAGCUGUAUCCUAUGCAAAGAAGACGUCGGUGCAUUCCUCGCCCUUCCUCAGGGGACCUUUCCUGUCUUAGAACGCGUCAACAUCUUCUUCGUCAAUGCGAUCCCAGACCUCCGUUCACAGUUCACGAUGGAGGAGAGAACGAGCUUUACGGUCUUCGUGGAUGCGCAGCGGUUGACUAGCGCGAGGCUACACCUUUUCAAUGACCUCCAUCCGUUGGAGUUGAGGCUUCCGUGGGCGCAGAUGAUGUCGCUGGAUUUUGGGAGCGUGGCGAUGUCGGAAGAGAUUUGUGUGGGUGUUUUGCAAAGGGCAGCGGGGUCGCUGGUUGAGGGGUGCUUCAGCAUGGUCUUUGAAGGCCGUGGCGAUCCUCAUUUCCCCCAUGCCCCGAUUCCGAUGGAUGUAUCCAUGCGCCGCCUUCGCAGGCUUCGACUCUUCCUCGGCGGAGAGGUUGCAGACGCUGAGUUUUUCCAGUUCGUAGGUAUACCCAUGAUGAAAAACCUGCGCGUCGAAAAGUCGGGUGGCUUCACCGGAGAAGAUCUCAAUGCAAUUCUUCCCGUCAUCGCCAGCGCCUCCGCGUCUCUAGAGCAGCUUACCCUUCUCGACAUCGACAUGCCUACCAACACUCAUCCACACCGACCACUAUUCUACUCAGAAAUCACCAGCAUCCUUCUAGCUACGCCGCAGCUCGUCUACCUUCAUCUGCCCAGAAGCAUCUUCCUAGACGGCGAUUUACUGGAAGAUAUAGCGUUUGGGCGGGUCCUUCCAAGUCUUCGAGCAUUGGAUCUCGCCGCGGCCGGUGUCGAGAAUGGAAAUCGCCUCGUUGAGAUGGUUAUACGGAGGAACGCUCAAGCAGAUGUUCAAGCUACGCCGGGAUCUUCUUCCUCUUCGGUACCUGAGGCCACGCCGCGCGUCAUGCCCAUCUCGUUCCUCCGCUUGGAGGUGGCACUUGUCGACCGGGGUAUUUUGCAGGAGUGGGUUGAGGGUCUGAGGUCGUCGGGGUGGUUGAGGGACAUCACCGUCGAUGUGUCCACCGAGGAUUGA